AUGGUAUCCGGCAAGAAAGUGGCCGGCGAGAUUGCGGCUGACGUUGCAGUUUUGAUUUUGCUCACAGCCACCAUCAUGGUCAUCUUGGAAGUGCUCCCGACGCCGCUGCAGGACAAGCGCUUCGCCGUGAACCUCCAAGACCUCUCGGUGCACAUUAUGGACUACGUCGUCGAGGCCGGCGUUGUCUACUACAUGGUCGAGGUCUGCGACGCGCGCACUGGUGACGCGAUCGUGAUCUUGCGGCGGUACCGCGACGUGCACCAGCUACGACGGCUCUUCCUCAAGGACAUGUCCUACUACUGCCACUGCACCGACAAGACGUGCGCAGGUUUCUUGAGCAACCUCAAGGCCUGCCACUUUCCCGCGAAAGCAUGGUUCCGUCGCGACCGCCGCCCGGACGUCCGAGCCACCGACCUUUCCAACUUUCUCCGGGACCUCAUUGAUCUCGCACAGUCGCAUCCGCUGCUCUGCCGCGCCAACCAAAAGGUGGUGCACUCGGCGCUGCGAAAGUUCCUCGCCGUGCCGACACUCCUCGCGUACGGUCCCCAGCGCACCGAGUCGACGACGACGACGGGCACGUCACCCGCCUCGGCACGGACGCGGUCGGGCUCGACGCCCGUGCCGUUUACGUCCAAGCGCCUCAUCCUGUGAGAAGAAGUCCAUUCUUGUGUCGUUAGUGUAAUAUAUAGAGC